AGCUUCACUAACGUUAGCUGUGUGUUACCGUCAUGGAGAAAGUUUCAUGUCACGUUCACGGCAGCCUGUGCAUGCUGAAAACCGGCGUGAACGAGGGCCCGAAUAAAGGCAAGAGCUUCUACGUCUGCGUUGACAAGCAAGGCUGUACAUUCUCUCAAAACACCAGCAUCUCGCCUUCCCACUGCCUCCAUCAUGCUGAUUCGGUGGUGGAGCUCCAAGCCAUCAGCGACAACCAACAACAACAGACAGACAGGGUAUUCUACCGGUGCAUUGUGGGUAAAAAAGCAGGCCAGCGGUGGUGCGGAAGCGUGCCGUGGAGUGCACCAGUAAAAGAAAAGAAGGGCCCUUUAUGUGACACACUGCUGCAACCCUCCAGCCUCCCACCGGUCAGAAACCCCUUUAAAGCUCCGAGCAAGACGGACAGAACCUCCCAGUGGCAGAAGAUACAGAGCAACGGAAGCGAUGAGAAGAACGGUGACGUGUGCUACAAGGCCGAAGGAGUCGGAAAUUAUCAGAAGGAAAAUGUGGAGAGAGACGCGAAGCCAUCGGAUACUUACCGAGGUAAACAGCUUCCACCGGGGAUGAAGGUCAAGAAGAGACUUUCAGAUGAGGAGAGCAACGCUUCCAAAGACCACAGGUUGGAAAAUGAUGCUGGUAAAAUGGAAAGUAAACCGAAGGAGGAUCCCGUAACACAGUCAGAAACAGAAGAAAAGAUGGUUCCUGCUGCCGUCACAUCGAUUCAGUCCAAGAAGAAAAAUCAAACUUCACCAGAUCCUCUGAAAAAAUCUCCCCAGCAGCCAAGUAAGACUAAACAAACUGAAGACACUGUUAAGAGGAAUUCCUGUAACUUGGAGCCAGGCAGCAGUAACCACGCAAACCGACACGCUGAUGUUCCCUCCAAAGCCAAAUCUGACGCGCCGACGUCGGAGUCUAGUCAGACAGCAGCAGACCUCAGCAGCGAUGAAGACGACGACGACGACGUGGUGCUGGUGUCGGUGAAACCCGCCCCCCAGAAAACUCCACCAGUUUCUGCCGUCCAGAAAACCCUGACCACCUUCCCCGGGUUCCAGCCCGCUGCCAAGGUCAAAGGUCAAUUGGGGGAUCCCAAAGGGAUGCAUGUCCUGCUGACGUCUCAGCUGAAACAGAAGAAGGCCACUCUGUCUUCAGUGAACGUGGAGGCUUUGCCGGAUAAAGGAGAGAGGCUGAAGACGCAGGUCAAAGAGCUGGAGGACGCCCUGGAGGCUCUGAGCCUCGCCGCUGCCUCUCAGCCAGAGUCUCCCGGCGAAUGCGAAGGCAGUGAUUUUCGUAGCAGCGGCGCUCAGAUGAACCCGUUCAGCCGGCCGGGCGGCACCGUCCUCCUCCCGGCUCCUCCAGCUCCUGGUCCAGCUCCGUCCCAGCACCAGGCCUCUGGAGGCUCUCUGGGGCUCCACCUGAGCCAGGGAUACUCCCAGACCUACGGAGUCAACCCACAGGCACACGCCUUUUAUGGUGGCAGGAUGACAGAAGACCGUCUGCUGGCAGUGAAAAACGCCACAUGUGAGGCCAUUGACCAUCUCCACAAGUCUCUGGAGUCCUGUCCCGACGCCGAGGCCGAGGCCGCCGACCCCAGAGGCAUCAAGGUGUCGCUGCUGGCCCAUCAGAGGAGAGCUCUGGCCUGGCUGCUCUGGAGAGAAACACAGAAACCUUGUGGAGGAAUUCUGGCGGAUGACAUGGGUCUGGGGAAAACUCUGACUAUGAUUGCUCUUAUCCUGGACCAGAAGAUCAAGGCAAAAGAGGAAGAUGAAAAGAAGGAGGGGAAGAAGCCAGAAGGCUGGAUAUCCAAAACGGACUCCACCGUCGUGGUUUCUAAAGGGACCCUGAUCAUCUGCCCGGCGUCGCUGAUUCACCACUGGAAGAGGGAGAUUGAACGACACGUGAAGAGAGGGAAGCUGACCGUGUACCUCUACCACGGCCCCAACCGAGAGAGAAGCGCCAGAGUGCUGGCGGAUUACGACGUGGUGGUGACGACAUACAGUCUGGUCUCAAAAGAGAUUCCCAUCGAGAAGGAGGAGGCUGAAAAACCCAGCAAGGAUCCUGAUGAUGUGCCUUCCCACUCCGCUCCCCUCCUGCGGGUGUCCUGGGCCCGCCUGGUCCUGGACGAAGCCCACAACAUCAAAAACCCCAAAGUGCAGACGUCCAUGGCCGUCUGCCGGCUGAGGGCCGGCGCCCGCUGGGCCGUGACGGGCACGCCCAUCCAGAACAACCUGCUGGACAUGUACUCCCUGCUCAAGUUUCUGCGUUGCGCUCCGUUUGAUGAGUACAAACUGUGGAAAGCUCAGGUGGACAACGGCUCCGCCAGAGGCAGGGAGAGGCUGAACAUCCUGACCAGGACGCUGCUGCUCCGCAGAACCAAAGACCAGCAGGACUCAACGGGGAAACCGCUGGUGUCUCUUCCUGAGCGGACCUGCGAGGUGCACCGGAUCAAACUGUCUGCGGAUGAACAGGCUGUUUACGAUGUGGUUUUCACCCAGUCCAGAUCUACGCUGCAGAACUACCUGAAGAAGCACGAAGGGACCGAUGUGAGUAAAGGAAAGGCACCCGACAGCAAUCCCUUUGAGAGAGUGGCGCAGGAGUUCGGGAUGUCCCAGGCCGACCCGGCGGCGCCCGGCUCCCAGCAGCCCCAGCAGGCGUCCAGCACCGUGCACAUCCUGUCGCUGCUGCUGCGCCUGCGGCAGUGCUGCUGCCACCUGUCGCUGCUGAAGAAGACGCUGGACUCGUCGGAGCUGCAGGCCGACGGGAUCGUCUUGUCUCUGGAGGAGCAGCUCAACGCUCUGUCGCUCUCCUCCAGCCCCUCGCCGUCCGGCCCCGCCCCCACAGACACCGUGGCCCUGAACGGCGCUCGCUUCCCCUCCAAGCUGUUCGAGGAGACCGGUGAAAGCACCAAGAUUGCAGCUAUAAUCUCUGAACUGAAGGCGAUCAGAGAGAAGAGCGACGAUCAGAAAAGUGUGAUCGUGUCCCAGUGGACCAGCAUGCUGAAGAUCGUCGCGGUUCACCUCGGCCAGAUGGGCCUGAAGUAUGGCGUCAUUGACGGGACUAUCAACCCCAAACGCCGCAUGGACCUGGUGGAGGACUUCAACACCAACCCCAGAGGCCCGCAGGUGAUGCUGGUUUCUCUUUGCGCUGGAGGAGUUGGACUCAACCUGAUCGGCGGGAAUCACCUCUUCCUCAUCGACAUGCACUGGAAUCCGGCGCUGGAGGAUCAGGCCUGUGACCGCAUCUAUCGAGUGGGACAGAGCAAAGACGUGACCAUCCACAGGUUUGUGUGUGAAGGCACGGUGGAGGAGAAGAUCUCCUCCCUGCAGAACAGGAAGAAGCAGCUGGCUCAGAACGUGCUGUCAGGAACGGGAAAGACCGUCUCCAAGCUGUCCCUGGCUGACCUCAGAAUCAUCUUCGGCGUUUGAGAUCCUCACCACUGAGGGAUUUCACUGUUUAUGUGUUUAUGAGUGGAAAGCUCUUAAUGGCACAAAUUCUGCUGCUAAACACAGUAUUUUCUUUGCUUAAGUGCCACAGCUAACUGUCAUGAACGGUGCUCAAUAACAGUCCCUAUUUAUGACUGGAGCACCAAACCUUUAUUUAAUAAACUCUGCAGAAGGAUUUCCUUUCUCCUGAUGACGGUUUUAUUUCACCUUCAUGGUGGAUUUAUGUUGAAUCUGGCGUUCCCAGGAUAAUGUUUCUCUCAUUGCAUCAGAAGAAAUGAGAAAAAUAAACAGAUGUGAGAGGAAAUGAAGCAUGAAAGUGGCGCAAUUAACCAUUUUUACCAUAAAAAUGUAACUUGGAUUAUCCUCUUGCUGGAUUUCUAUGGCUAUGCACUCAGGGCUGCUGUUUUGACAUGAGCAAAAACACAUUUGUACAACUUGAUAUAACCUUGACCAGAUGUUUGAAUUACACGCAAAAGAAACACUGACGAAUGCCAUUGUUAUCUCAUUAUUUCAAUGAUUGUUUGCAAUUAAUUUGAGGAAAAUUGUGUUAAAAUGCUUCUUAAAUGGUUAAACUACAGCUAAGACAAGUUUAAAUAUUUAUAUUACCUACACAUUUGUUCGUUUAGUGCUGCAAAUAUAUAUUUAAAUAUAUACAUAUACAAACUGACUUCUGAGUUCAACAGAAUGAAAUGAGACACGAGUCAGAAAGCUGGGAAAUACUGUGAGGGUUUAAUAGAAUAACAGUAAAAAAAGAAAAUGUACAACUUUCCCCCAAAAAAGGAGAAGAAGCCGGAAUAUUAAUACUGACAUUUAGUAAACUGCCACUGGAGACCUGGACGGUGCAAAUUCACCAGGAAAAUGACAAACAGCAGAUACAGUAACAUCUAUUUACAAUAACACUGUUUCCUCUGAACGCCUGCAUUACCCACAGUGCACCCUGACAGUCAGGGAAGGGCUGUCAUGGUUACGGCUAUUGUUUGAGUACCAUGUGAGAGAGAAAACA